AUGACCAAGGAACUGCUGCUGAGAGCGAUAGACUUUCCAACUGAGAUGGAGAGAAUGCGCUCCUACUCUCUUUCAAUCGCCGAUGAGGAAGGUAGAGCAAUAGACGGAAUGAGUCUUAGUUUCAAUAUCCCCUGCUCUUGUUGUACUGUUCAUGGCAUGGAAUCUGCAUGGAAGGCUCUCGACCGGGUCGUGGCAUUGCUCUGGAGUGGAGCCGGGGAAGGAGCGAAGGGCAGAGGAUUUAGCUUUGGCUUUGGUUCGGUUGACCGUCUCUACAACAAAGAGAUAUGCCAAUUAGCGGCACACUUACUAUAA